UUUUUCCUUACCAUACGUUUAUUUUCACGAAAGGGAUGAAUUGGCUCCAGAAAGGCUCCCGUGCCGAUAGCAAGGGUGAUCUGUUGAGAACUAUUUCUCUUAACAUUGGUGGGAUUUUAUACUUCACUACCUAUCAAGCAUUGCAGCCUCUCGAAGGCCACCCGAUUUUCGGACCUAUUUUAUGUGGUCGUGCAAAAGUAUCUGAAGAUGGGAGCUACUUUGUGGACCGUGAUGGUGUAAUCUUUCGAGUUAUCAUAAACUACCUCCGAAGCAAUGCUCUCUAUGUUUCAGAAUCAUUUGAUGAGUGGGACCUGCUUCUAGAGGAAACUAGGUUUUAUCAGUUAACAGCGCUCGAGGAGCUUAUCAUGAGACAUUAUGGAUACCAGCGGAUGUCCUUUCGACGAGAGCUACCACGUGGCAUCUAUGUCUGUUGGCCCACAACAGUUAUUGUAAGAGAAGCGUUUUCUAGGCCAUCAGCCCCCGUGACUGAGACAAAACAUUUUAGCAGCGACAAUCUAUUUACCCAUUGUUCGACCCCUGAUGGCUUUCAGGGCUCAUAUAAUGCCGAUAGCUUUAGGGGAAUUAAAGGCCAACCGUACGAACACGAAUCUAUGAGCAGGGCCGAAGAUAAUAGGAAGGCAUCUGGAAACCAACUUGCUCACAACGCCUUGCGUAUAGUCAUUGCGCCGCCAUUGCCCUCACUAGAGGUUUGCUCUGAUGGGCGCUCGGUGAGGUAUACUCCGCCUGCUCACGAGUGUCAGAAUUGUGCCGAUGCUGAUAAAAUUACUAUCUCUACGACGGAAGUCAGAGCAACUUCCUCAAAACAGGAUGUUCUUCUUAUAAAGGUGGAGCAGCUUGUUACCGUAUUGCUGUCUGCCUACGGGUACGUGAUUCAACACUGGAAUGAAAAAGAAGGCAAAAUAUUUUUUUCACUAGGCUCUUAGCAUGUAAAUUCGUACAUGUCUUUAUAGGUUUGGAAAAGAAUUACUCUUUUUGAUCCAUUUGCUUUAUAACGCAAACGGAUGAAACGUGGAAAUAUACUUAAUUGCUAUGAUUGUUUUUUUUUUCUGACAUCAUAGCACCUCUUUUGUUGUCACUUUUUUAUGGA